UCUCUCUCUCUCUCUCUCUCUCUCUCUCUCUCUCUCUCUCUCUCUAAAACAACAAUGAAGAACAAUUCAAAUACCAAGCUUAUCCUCCUCCACCCUUCUCUCCAUAAACAACCCCCAACACCAUCCUUCCUCUCUCACCGCCUCUGCCUCUCCUUCUUCCUCAUCACUUUCCUCACCACCCUCUUCAUCCUCUCUCUCAUCACAACCAUCUCCACCUCCGCCGCCAACUCCGCCGCAUCCUCUUCUUCCUCCCCUCUCCCACUCUCCGUAACCAAAGCCCUUCUCCACUACGCCUCCCUCUCAAACUCCACCACCAAAUCCAUGUCCUUCACAGAAAUCAACACCAUAGCAACAUCUCUCCAUCUCACACCAAACCCAAACUUCCUCAUCUUCGGUCUCACCCACGAGUCACUCCUCUGGUCUGCACUCAACCACAACGGCCGCACUGUUUUCGUCGACGAAAACGAAUACAUGAUCUCGAAAUUCGAACAGUCCAACCCCGGAAUCGAAGCUUACGAUGUUCAGUUCACAACUAAAGUCAGUGACUAUCCCAACCUUCUUUCUCAGGCGAAAGAACAGUCCAAACAAGAGUGCAAACCUGUGCAGAAUCUCUUGUUCUCUGAGUGUAAACUCGGAAUCAACGACUUACCGAACCAUAUAUACCAAAUCUCUUGGGAUGUGAUUCUUGUAGAUGGGCCAAGAGGGUAUUUUCCGGCAGCCCCGGGGAGAAUGUCGGCGAUUUUCACGGCGGGGGUGUUGGCUCGGAGUAAUAAGAAAGUGGGAAAAACUCAUGUUUUCGUCCAUGAUAUUGGGAGAGAGGUGGAGAAGAUUUUCAGCAAUGAGUUUCUUUGUGAAGAGAAUUUGGUUAACAAUGUGGAUCAGUUGGGGCACUUUGUAGUGAAGAGUGAAAGCGACAAUGGUGGAAGUUCUGAGUUUUGCAGAAAUUCCAGUUCUCCGUUGUCUGUGUCGGCGUCAAAGGAUGUUGACUGAGGAAUUAUAGUUGUAGUAGAAUAAUCUGUAAAAUUGUGCAUUUUUUUAGUUUUUUCUUUUUUUUUAUAUAUUUUUUAAUAGAAAAGAAAUGUCGUUUAAUUUUGCUUUACGAUGUUGGAAUGCUUUUCACCUGAAAAAAAGGGUGUGAAUGGAGCUUUACAUGUUUAUUUUAUAUUAUCUCUCACAAAUUGGCUCUACCUUUUGU